AUGUCUUCGUUAUCGCAGCAGUUGAAAGGGUUGGGAAACAACAACGCCUCUGUUGCCAUAGACAGAAAGUCUCGUUCGAGGAUCCAUUCGCGUUCUCUCAUUUUUGAACCGAAAGUUGCGUCAACUCAGGACUAUGAUUAUAUACAUCAAAUUGGCUUAGAGGGAUUCGAAGAGCUUGAAGAAUUCGAGCCCAGAUUCAGAUCAUUCAAAGAGACAUUAUUCUCGCAGACUUCAAUUGAUUUCGAUAGAAAUGUUCAAUCUAAGGAAACUAUUGAUAAUUUAAAUAGGACUAUCGAUGCUUUUUUAAAGAUGAUCGGGCCGUUCUAUAGGAUGGAGUCUGCAGUGAAAUCUCUCGAAUGGUUAGUUCGAAGAUUUCAAAUUAACAUACAUAAUGGAGAAAUGAUCUUGUUGACUGCUCUUCCCUAUUAUAGAUAUCCUAUUUUUGUUAGGAUAUUGAAUGUGAUUCCCAAGAAUCAGUUUCCAAAAUUAUUUGAAUGGGUGAUUGGAUAUAAGGAUCAACUAAGAAACCCACCUUCAACCUCUAUUUUGAAGGCAUUCCAUGAUAAUAUUGAAUUUGUGAAAUUAUAUUCAUCAUUUUUGAUAGACCUGUUGGAUAGCAAAACUGUAUACAAAGAUCAACUAGUAUUCUUCUUAGCAAAUGCUGUUCAAUUAAUAGCUUCGUAUUCAAAAAGAUUGGAUGUAUUAAACGAAAAUUACAUGCCUUUGUUAUUGGAAGUUAUUGGUAAUUUACUUUUGAUCGAGAAGAAAUCAAGAUAUUCUGAAGAGACGUUGAUAGAUAAAAAGUUAACAGCAUAUUCACUCAUUUCAGUUCUAGGGUCCGUUGUUCCAUUAUCAGAUGACUUGUUAAUAUCUCUCACAGAUUCGAUAUUACAAGAUCCUUUUUCUUUAGACCCUUCUGUGUCGAAACAGACUUUCAUUGUGUUGGGCCAAUUGUGGAAUUUCUACGGUAAUGACGUAAGUGAAAUUCCCUCUUUGCGGAAGCUCAUGAAUAACAUCGGAGGAAGCAUAAAUUUAAUUGAUCAAUUAGUUGAAGAUGGUUAUAAAAUGAACAAGUUUUUGAUUUAUUCCUUUAUAUCAUCUUUACCAGACCUUGACGCAUUUAAGAUUUUCAAUUUUAUAAAUCUUAAUGAGUCUGAGAAACAUUUUAAGGCUAUAACAAACAAACUUAUAGAAAAUGCUAACACAAGUAAUGAGAUCGCAAGAGUACACACUGGUAACACAUUGGAAUGUCUUUUAAAAGCGAACCAUGAGUUAUUCAAUGAAGUUUUAAAACAACGAAACUUAAAAAUCAAUGAGUUGGAAAUGUUGCUUAUGACAGCUCUUGAUGCAAAUGAAAGCAUAAAUGAUGCUGACACUGAAUAUGAAGGAAACGAUUUCGGUGAUGUGGAUUUAACUGCUGACAUGAAUGAAGGCAUAGAAAAUUGGGAUAGCACUGUAACAAAGAAGGAAUCGUUCUUCCAUUCAGAUUUCAGUGAGUUUAAUCGUCUUUCAAAGAUUUUAUUGAAAGGAUUAAUAGGACAUCCACUUAAGACACAAAAGUCAAUUAUUUCAUGUUUUAGUAAGAAAGUUUUUCAAUCUCCCGAAUCAUCUUUUUCCUUCUUUAUAACAUUGUCUUUAACUCCAUCAGUUCCAUUAGCAUCAAGACUUUUAUCUUUGAGCUUCAUUAAAAAGAGACUUAAAGAAAUUUCUGCAUCUCUGGAAAAGAUUGACAUUUACCUCUUGAUCCCGAUUUUACUUUUAGGGAUAUAUGAGAGUCAUCGCUAUGUUAGGCAGCUUUUUAUCGAACUAAUGGACUUAGUACAUGAAGUAUGCAACAGAAAUAAUAGCUCAAAAGGUAAAAGAAAGCCUGUCUUAUUCAUGGAAAAACAUAUAUACGGAAACAUGGAAAUGAAAGAUAGGGCUAUAAUAGCGCCACAGAUCGCUCUAGCUGCUACAAGUACUUUGGCCAAUGAGUCUUCCAUAAAUGAUGCUGUCACCGAUCGUGAACGAGGCAUUGAAGUUAUCUUUCAGCUUCUAUCUAAUAGUAAAACCUCCAAUGCUAAAAAGUCGAAUGCUUUACUCAUUAGAACAUUUGUAAUGAGUCAGUGGUCACUCCCUUUUUUGCCUCUUGCUAUGAAGUGGAAAGCAUGGCGUAUAACUGCAAAAUUCAAUACUCGAGAUCCAGACUUGAGGCAAUUUUUUCUUGACAGUGACUUAACGAAUUAUUUUCUGAACCGUAGCACUUUUCAAAAAGAAUCUGAAUUGGAGAAGAUUGACUUUGAUGAAGUAGAAGACUCAAUAGUUUCUUUGGUCGGGGGAUCUUCCUCACAUCAAAAGAAUGCUGUGAAGGAAGUUGAUUGGUUUUUGGAAGCAUUGGAUUCAAGGAUUCCGCAUUUGCAAUUGAGUACAAGCAAUCAAAUAAUAAAAGUAUUCGAUACUAUUAAAUCAACUGACCUUAAGAUGAAACUAAUCAAUAAAUUUGUUGAUAUGUCACUAGAAGAUGAACCAACGUCGUUUGACGUAAUCGAUACUUUAUCAAAAUUAAAAAUGGAUCAUGAUUUAGUUUUGGCAGUAUUGAACGGAGUUCAAAUUGGAUCAACAUUGCCAGAGCAAGGGCUAGCAAAGAGACGCAGGAAAUCUUCCAAUUCAACCAGACAAGCAAUGGCAAGAGAUGAUAUUAGUAACUUAGCAGCAGUUCAUCUUAAAAAAUUGACAGCAAUUCUAGACUUGCUAAAUAAUAAAUUGAGAGAUAAUGAUAAUGAAAUUUCACAGCCGGAUUUAUUAAAAGCUUUCUUCAAGAUUUUAACUGACUUGGAAUACUUAGGAAAUGAUGGUAACUUACCAAUUUUGUAUCCACAAGAAAUAUUAGCUUCGUGUAUGCUUCUUUGCGUGAGCCAAAUAAAAAGAAGUUCAUUGGUGCAUAAAUUUGAUUCCAAUUCUGUUAGAGCUGACCUUAUUGUUAACUCUAUUAGGUCAUCUUCUUCGCCAGAAGUUCAAAAUAGGUUAAUGUUGGUUAUUGCAGAACUAGCAUCUUUAUCACCUGAGACCAUCUUACAUGCUGUUAUGCCAAUUUUUACAUUCAUGGGAGUUCAUACCGUAAGACAAGAUGAUGAAUUUUCUAGUGUUGCGCUUCAAAAGACUAUCUCAAAAGUUAUACCGGCUUUAGCUGCUAGCGGUUCUUCAACUUUGAAUUAUGAAGUGGAAUUUCUAUUAACUAGUUUUGUCACGGCAUUUCAACACAUCCCAAGACAUCGGCGAGUCAAUUUAUUCAGCUCUCUUACGAAAACUUUGGGAUACGAAAAAUCACUUCACAUUAUUUUAUUUUUGAUGGGACAACAUUAUUCAAGAAAUCUCGAAAAAGGGAAAACGAAUGAUUGUAGAUCAUUAUUGGAGUUUACGAGCUCAUUCAUGAAAAUUUUUUCUGCUGAACAACAAUUAUUUGGUAUCAGUAAAUAUUUUGAAUUGUGGGAACAAAUUCCAGUAGCUCAAUUAGAGAGUGGAAGCGAAGAAUAUACUAAGCUAAGCACUAGAGCAAUUUUUGGAGCUUCAGUGUUAUCCUUAUCAGAUGAUGGGUUGGUCUCUUUAAAAGCCGAUUUGUUAACCUUCUUGUGUGAUGUAAUACGUUCUCCUCCUGAGACUAAGUUUAGUUUCAAUAAUGGGCUUUCCUUGAAAGCAAAGCUCUCCAUAUCUUUAUUAGACCCUGAAUUAUCUUUGUCAGAUAGCGCUAAUUCGCUAAAAGAAUUUAGAAAGAAUACUGCGCUUAUUCUUUCGAGUUUGGAGAAAUUUAUUGAUACUUCGUCUUGCGAAAAGAUAGCAGAUCGCUUAUUUGAUUUAUUGGACGUAUACGUGAAUUUACUUCCUCUUGACUAUUUCUUAGAUUCUGCCAUUGCUUCAAUGGAUGUCGGGAAAACAGCAGAUCCGUUAUCCAUGAGAGUUUCGAAGAAUUUCGCUCUUCUUACAAUCAGAAAGUUAGAAGAAGAACUUAAUUCAGAUAGCUACAAUGAGAACAUUAAACUAAUUCUCUUAAACAAGAUGCUUCCAACGUUGCUCGAGCUCAUCAAUUCAAGUCACAAUAUAGAACUUGAACAAUCAUGUCUUGACAUGCUUGCGGUGAUAGUUACCAAACUCGGUUCAUUUACAAACGAUUUAGCACUUCCUGAAAAUGCAAGAUCUUUGACUGAGUUUUUGCCCAUUAUCACAAAAGAGCAGGGAUUGCUCAAUAGCCAACCUGAAAUCAUUAUAUCGGCAAUUUACGCCAUUACAAGUAUUGUAAAUGUCUUAGGUGUUAAAAGUAUUGGCUUCUUUCCUCAAAUCGUUCCACCUAUACUAAAAAUUUGGGAGUCAACUAAGGGGUCUGAAGAUGAUAGUUCCAAAUUAGUUCAACCUGCAAUCCUCUUUAUGCUCUCCAGCUUAAUUAAGAAAUUGCCCGCAUUCAUGACUAGUUACUUGAAUUCGAUAUUGCUUGUUGUUAUAAUGAGUGAUCUAACAGAUUAUGAUUUGCGAUCCACUGUGCUUAGUUUAGUCGUUGAACAUAUCGACUUGAGCCAAUUAUUAAGGGCCACAUGUAACUUGUGGUGGAAUGAAAAGUUCUAUGCUUGUGAUAGUGCAGCUAACAUUGGACUUUACUUGAAUACAUUACAGAGAAUAAUAGAUAAAAUAGACAAAAAGUCGGCUAUAUCUCAGGCGACAGUAUUCUUAAAGUGGAUGAUUCAGGUAUUUGAAUUUAGAAACUUUGUGGAAGAGUCCAACAAUAAGUUUGACAACAAUACUAUCCAUAGAUUGGAAAGCUCAUUUCAUUCGUGUAGCAUCAGCUUUGUUAUGAAAUUGAAUGACAAAACCUUCAGACCUCUCUUUGCAAAUCUCGUGAGAUGGGCUACAAAUGGAGAAGGUUCGCAAGUAGCCUCGGCUACUAAGGUUUCGAGAUUGUUGGCUUUUUUCAGAUUUUUCAAUAAGUUGCAAGAGGAACUUAAGAGUAUAAUCACAUCUUAUUAUUCAUACUUGCUUGAUGAGGUAUCCUCACUUUUGACAGAAUUUUCUGACGAAACUCUAGUGAACACAAAUUUACGAAGAAUGAUAUUAAUUUCAUUAACUUCUUCUUUCAAAUAUGAUCAGGACGACUAUUGGUCACAACAGCUGAGAUUUGAUAGCUUAUUUUCUCCGCUCAUGAAGCAGCUAGUCAACAUCGAAGACUCCAUUGGCAAGUAUUUGGUGAAGUGUAUUGCUGCGUUCGUUGUUGAUGUAUCAUCUGAGGAAUACAAUGAAUUGAUUAUCAAAGAAUUAAUCAGUUAUAUCUCCAAUGAAAAUGAUUCAACUUCCCCAAAGUCAAAGAUAUGGACUAUUAGAAUUUUGAAAACUAUAUUUCAGAAAAUGGGAGAGCAAUGGCUCCUGUUCCUUCCAACAAUGGUACCGUACAUUGCAGAGUUAUUGGAAGAUGAUGAUACAUCAGUUGAGAUGGAAGUGAGAAGCGGGCUUGUAAGAGUAAUUGAAAAUGUAUUGGGUGAACCUUUAGACAGGUAUUUAGAUUAA